AACAAAUCUAAACCCCCCUUUUUGUUAUUAUUUAUAUAAAAGAAAAGUAUUCCUUUCCCUGUGGAUACGAACCUUACUUCGUUAUAGUACGUAUAUUCGUUGUAUUGUAUUUAUUUUGAGUGCACCGCACGACAAAGUGCACGUCAUAUUUGGCGCCGUUGCCGGGGAAAGGCAAUUAUUUUUUUCUUUUUAUUUUAUCUCAUAAAAAUCAAAAAAAAAAAGAAAGUAAAAAAAAUCUUGCUCUUCUAUUUUCUGAGCUUACAUGAGUUAUGAGUAUAUGGAUACCAACACUUCAUCCUUAGAGAGUCAAAUUUCCUUCUUGACUUCUCUAAUAAAGGAAUCUAUCUUUAACUCAAAAGCUCAAGAUGCCAAGACAUGCAACAUUUGCAUGUCUCACAGACAUCUUACGGACUUCUGCCCAAAGGUCCAAGAAGAAUACAUUGCACAAAUUGAUGAUGUACCUCACAUGAGGUAUGAUCCAUUCUCCGACUCUAAUAUGUCCACGGAGGACAUGGUUCGGGCUCUUGCUAACAGCGUAACCACCAUGCAACAAAACAUUGUGCAUUUCCAAAAUGAGACCAAGACUAGCAUUUUGAGCUUGGAAUCUCAAGUAAGUCAAAUAGCUGGAGUCGUGAGUAGGCUUGAAGCAAGGGAUCCGGGAAAACCUUCCUCUCAAAUAGAAUGUGAUCCUAGACAACAAACUUUUGCAAUCACAUUGAAAAAUGAAGAGGAAAUGCAAAAAGAGAUCCAGAAUCCAGAAGAAGUAGAGGAAGAAAAGGACACAGAGCUCCAACUGGUCAAAGAAGAGGAUAAUCUGAGCUUCAAGGUUAAAUAUCUAUCCUUGUCAUCUUUUGAGGUACCCCCAUCAAUUCUGAAAAUUUUGAGGAAAACUCAUAAACUUGAAAAAGACAAUGACAUUUCUGAAAUAUUCUUCAAAAUUGAGGAGCCGAAAAACUUUUUAUUGACCAUACUAAAGGAUAAUUUCUCCCCAUUCCUCCCACCACACGAAUCAAUGAAAAUCUGGAUAUUUGAUCCUGGAAAAAAUUCCAAAGUGGAGAGUCGAGAAAUUGAGCACUCCUAUGGAAGUCCUAAGAGUGAAAAUGUGAAGAAAAUAAACUAUCAUCAUCCAAGUUUGAAUGACUGAAAACAAUGAUAGCGUCGUGCCGCGACGUUAAAUGAGGCGCUUCUUGGGAGGCAACCCAAGUUUUUAUUUUUAUCAAUUUUCAUUUAACUUGUGUGUGUGUUAAACAUUUUCAAAAAAAAAGAUGAAAAAAAAAAAUUGAGGCCUGGCAAAACCCGGCCGGGUAAAACCUCAUACCCGGUCGGGUAAGAGGUUUAAAAAUUCAGACCCGAACCAGAAAACCCGCCGGGCUAAGACAAAUUCUUAAAAAAACCAAAAACACUAAAACCCGAUCGGGUAUGCUAGAGACCCGACCGGGUAAAAAGGCGAAAAACAUUCUGUUUUGCAAAAUCGAAAACCCGUCCGGGUAAAUGAUAAAACCCGCCGGGUAAAAGUCGAAAAAACAUUCUGCCUGCUUCAAAAAUCGAAAACCCGUCCGGGUAAAUACAAAAACCCGAUCGGGUUUACGUAUUUCACCCAAUUAAACAGGCCAACAGACCGGUUUUCAACGCCAUCUUCCCCAAAAAUCCGCCCCUCUCUCCUUCCAAACCUCCAUAGCCACGAUAACCAAGCUUCCAAAUCACCCAAAUCCCUCACCCAAUCCCAAAAUAAACCACACAAAUCCCUUCCCAUCAUCUCCCUCAUCACUAUCAUACCCUCAAUCUCCAUUUUUCUCCCCCAAAUCCUCAAAUCCGAACCCUAGCCAAGAAAAAAUCCCCAAAUUGCAAUUUCUCUCAAGAAAAAUACUAUGCCACCCAAAAGAAGUCGUCCUUCAUCCUCCACGGCAUCAGUUCCAGUCCCCGAAGUCCCCGGGUACGAAGGCCUGCAAUUCACCACCCAAGCUCACCGCAAAAGAUUCAUCGAGGAAACUAAAAGACAGGUAUACCCAUGUAGAUUUCUCUGCAUUGCUUCGUUGAAAGCUUUGUUGCUCUAUGACUUGAUGAUCGAACUAUGCAAUAGGCUAGGAUUAAUCUCCUUAAUGAACAUAGCCUAUAAUCCGAAUGAAAGAGUUAUAUAUGAAUUUUUGGGUUCUUGCAAAUUUACUGAUGAUGCCAACGAUGAGUAUAAGGACAAGCUCACAUUCCGUUAUCUCAACGAUGAAAAAGAGUUAACGAAAUAUGAGUUUGCAGAACACUUUGGACUGCCAAUUUUAGAAAAGGAGGCAAGAGGUAGGAAAAUUGACACCUCAGUUGUGCAUGAGAUGUGGAAAAGAAUGACAGGUGAAAGAAUUGUUAGAACAUCUCACAUGUAUAUCAGUCAUGUUCAGCACCCUGUUUUUCGAAUUAUGCUUAAAUGGUUUGGUUAUUUUGUCUUCGGAAGACCAAAUAACCAUCAGACUAGAAAGACCGAUGUGGGCAUUCUUGCUAUGGCUGCUUUGAUGGAAUCACCUAAAUUAGAUGUUGCCUCAUUGAUGUGGAAACACUUGAGAAAAGAAUGGUGUGAUGCCACAGGUGAUUUGUUUAUUGGGGGUAUAAUACUCCAUAUCUGUUCUAAAUUUGGGUAUACUCAGAGGCAACCAAUGCCUGAGUGGGGUCUUGUAUGCACUCAAUUUCUCCUAAAUGCCCAUGAUUUAAGCUCCUCUCACAACUUCGGGGAUAAAUUUUUUUACAAAUGGCAUAUCAACACAACCCCACAAAGGUUCUUUAUCCUUCCAACUGAGACAGAACUCCCCACUGACAUCUUUGAUGCACAAUUCGGGGAUGGAAGACACUUUUGCCUUCCCGGAGCAAUCCCGGAACACUACAUCAUCCCUGAAGAAAUCCCAGCACAGAUUGAGCCACCCCCAUACAUCCCCAACCCGCCACAAAAUGAACCUCAACCAGACCCUCACGCCCCUCAAUUUAGCCUUUUUGAGCAACAAAUGCUAGCCGGGAUGAACCAAAUCCAUCUUAACCAAACGGCUACGGAUGGGAGAAUUAAUAAUCUCUAUGAGGAAGUCCGACAGGCACGGGAGGAACAACGCUUGAGACUCGACCGUUUAGAAGAAAAUCAACGUAGGGCAUUGGGACCUAUACAUGUCUACUUUGAUAAUCAGGGCUAUUUCUCAUCCAUACCAGUUCAGCAUCAACACCCUACAUGGUAUGACCCCUCUUUUUGGGGUAAUUUUGGUGGAGCAAGCGGGAGCGGAGGAGGCUAUGGCGGUGAGGGCAGCGGUUAUGGUGGCUACCACGACGAGGCUAAUGACACGGAGCACUAGGGACAGUGCUUGGACAAAGUAGGGGGCACUCAUUUGAAUAUCAUCUCUUGGAGAAAGAAGAAGAAAAAGGAGGAGGAGAAGGAGAAACAAAGAACAUAGAAGACCAACAAACCCAAGAAAAUGUUGUUUUGUAACUCAUUCGCAACCCUUGGUGGUCUUGUGUUCUUUCUUGCUAUUCUUGAACUUAUGAUCUUUUGUUAACACUUGUACAAACAUUUGGCUUUACUCGAGGACGAGUAAAGAAACUAAGUGUGGGGGAGUUGACAUUCAUGUAAUUUCCAUGUUUAUUUUUGUAUUUUUAAUUAGUUUUGAUUGACUUUCACUUUGGAUAUUACACACUUUUGGUGUAAUAGUUUAGUUUGUAAAAUAGUUGUAAUUUGUUUAGAUUAGGGACUUUCUGAGCUUAAACUAGGUAAAGAUCGUCAAAAGGAUCCUGGAAGGUUCAAGGAAAGUGCAAGGGAACAACAAAAAGUGAAAAUUUGGGAAAAUAGUCAAAAAACCCGACCGGGUUUUCCAAAAACCCGACCGGGUUUGACUUGACCCGAAGAUCAAAUUUGAUUUGGAGGCAAUUUAACAUGCAGAGCGAAGAUUUGGAAAAGAUUUGUCUUUUACCCGAUCGGGUAAAUCAAAAACCCGAUCGGGUAGAUGUGACUAAUGAACAUUCCGGGCAAUUACUCAAGAAACCCGAUCGGGUUUCUGUAAAACCCGGUCGGGUAAAUGACCCUGCUACCUCCAAACACCUAUAAAUACACCUCUUUUCCUUCCCAUUUGAUAUCCAAUCCCUUGUACAUCUAAGCUCAGUAUAGAAUAGCUCUUUCUUUAUAUUUUUCAUCAUGUUUAGUCUCCAAAUGAGGAGCUAAACUCUUCCAUCUUGGUUUUGCUACUUUGAAGCUUAAUGAAUUUGUAAGUUGUGAGUUAUUUUUCUUUAAUCUUC